AUGUUAACUAAUAGUAAUAGUAAUAGUAAUAAUAUAGUUGAGUUUAGAGAGUUCAAUAUAGCUGACUUUGAACAAGUAUUAUAUUUAAAAAAUAGUAAUAAUAAUAAAAAUAAAAAUACAACAAAAAUGGAGUAUAUGAUGAGUAAUCAAUCGUAUCGCAUCAACUCUACACCUGACAGGUACAAUAAUAAUAAUAACAAUAACAAUAAUAAUAAUAAUAAUAAUAAUAGUAAAGAUGACCAUCAUCCAUCAAACAACACCAACAAUAAUAUAGACUUUUUAGAAGCGGGUAAUUUGAUUGGUUUACAAGUCAAAUGUUUGCCUUCAUUAUUUCAACAACCACAACAACAGCAACCAAAUGGCAAACAACAACAACAGUCAUCUCAAAAUGUUUACAUGUUUCUUGUCAAGGACAAGAGUAAUGGAAACCAGUACACUCUAGUACCCAAACAAUUUGUAUAUAAUAUUCACAAUGCCUCCCUUAUCGAAAAGAGAAUGGGUAGCUGUACAGCCGUACAAUUAAAGCUAGACAAAGAAUCCUUUAAAUCCAUAUUCCCAAAUGAACAUCCUGAUGUAAUUUCUAUUCUUUAUCGUAUGUCAAAUAUUGAAAUAGAAAGAUAA